ACACACUGUUUCCUCUCAUAUGGCUGAAGAUGGCGAGCGGAUCGGGGCCCGUUGCUGCUCUCUGGACCGAAAUCAACCGCUGCGGACAAAACGGAGACUUUACUAGAGCCCUGAAAGCUGUCAACAAAAUGACAUGAUCGGGUUCGAGAAAGCCUACUGUGAAUACCGACUCAACAGAGUGGAGAACGCCUUGAAAACUAUCCAGGGAAUCCCAGAGCAAACAGACAAACUCAAGGAGCUCUACGGCCAAGUGUUGUACAGAUUGGAGCGGUACGACGAGUGUCUGGCUGUGUAUAAAGACCUGAUCAGAAACUCUCAGGACGAGUAUGAAGAGGAGAGGAAGACCAAUCUGUCCGCUGUGUUAGCGGCUCAGAGCACCUGGGAAAACGCACCACCGGAGGAUCUGGGUUUGCCCGAGAGCUCAUAUGAGUUGUGCUAUAACGCUGCCUGCUGUCUGAUUGGUCAAGGAGAGCUCGGCCAGGCCAUGAAGAAACUGCAAAAAGCUGAAGAGCUCUGCAGGAAGUCUUUAGCCGAGGACUCGGAUAUGACGGAGGAGGACAUCGACGCUGAACUGGCCGUCAUUCACUCUCAGAUGGCGUAUGUGAUUCAGCUGCAGGGCAGAACUGAAGACGCUCUGCAACUCUACAGUCAAGUCAUUAAACUCAAGCCGUCAGAUGUGGGUUUGCUGGCUGUAACGGCCAACAACAUCAUCACCAUUAACAAGGACCAAAAUGUGUUUGACUCCAAGAAGAAGGUGAAACUGACCAAUGCUGAAGGCGUUGAGCACAAACUGGCCAAAAAACAGCUGCAGGCCAUUGAGAUCAACAAAGCCUUGCUGGCCAUGUACACUAACCAGGCUGAUCAGUGCAAUAAACUGCUGUCGAGUCUGCAGACCCAGAAUCCCACUCACCCCAGACCCGUCCUCAUCCAGGUGGCUCAGCUCUGCCGAGAGAAACAGCACAGUAAAGCCAUCGAGCUCCUGCAGCGGUUUUCAGAUCAGCAUCCUGAGAGCGCAUCUGGAAUCAAACUCACCAUGGCUCAGCUCUACCUGACACAAGGUCAUGUGACCAAAGCCUGUGACAUCCUGAAGUCCAUAGAAGAAUUUAAAUACAAGCCAGGAAUGAUUUCUGCUCUGAUCACCAUGUACACGCAUGAAGAGGACAUUGACAGCGCCAUCGACGUCUUCUCUCAAGCCAUCCAGUAUUACCAGUCAGAGCAGCCGGGCUCCAGCAUCCACCUUUCUCUGGUUCGCGAGGCUGCAAACUACAAGCUGAAAUACGGCCGUAAGAAAGAGGCCACCAGUGACCUGGAGCAGCUGUGGAAACAAAACACCAACGACAUCCACACACUCGCUCAGCUCAUCUCCGCGUACUCGCUGGUGGAUCAGGACAAGGCCAAAGCUCUGAGUAAACACCUUCCCUCCCCGGAUAAAAUGGCCUUUAAUGUGGACGUUGAUGAGCUGGAGAAUUCGCACGGAGCCACGUAUAUCAGGAAAAAAGCUGCCAAAGUCGUCGGGGAAAGCCAGCCUAAAGAACAGGGUCCAGAGGAUGUGAAAAAGAAGAAGAAAAAGAAGAAGGGUAAACUCCCUAAAAACUACGACCCGAACUCGAGUCCUGACCCGGAGCGCUGGCUGCCGAUGAGAGAGCGCUCGUAUUACCGUGGUAAAAAGAAGGGCAAGAAGAAGGAGCAGGUCGGCCGCGGCACACAGGGCACAACAUCUGGAGCUACUGCUGAACUUGAUGCCAGUAAAACCGCCACCAGUCCCCCCACGUCUCCUCGUCCCGGCUCGGGCACCGGCGCCCCCAGCAGCAGCGGUAGCAGCACUGCGAUUCCUCCACGCCAGCAGAAACCCGCCGCGCCUGCAGCCGCUCGCAAAAAAGCCCCACCCAAGAAGAAGAAAGGAGGAAAGGGAGGCUGGUAGAGACACUUCUGCUCGCUCGCUUUUACACCGACCCACACAGAAGGACGAACACAUGCUUCUUUGGAUGUCGCAGGCUGUGUCUUAUAUCAAUACAUUGUUUUUAUUUACCGUUCAGUCCAUGCAUUAAUAUCAAUGUCGAGGAGCCGAUGGGCAUUUCUCCACUUCUGCCUUUUAUUUGAAACAGGUUUCUUUCUGGGCGAUUUUUUUCUGUUUGUUUUGCCUGGUUUAUGAAUGCUUAAUAAAGCAACUCUGUGUCACUAUAGAGGCUGUUUAUGCAAACUGCAGAUGUUUAUUUUUUAACCCUGCUCAUUCUCAACAAGCUCAGUCAGAGAAGCAAGCGGAGGCCGAUCUGCAGUGUUACGUCUUAAUAAAGAGAUUCCUGGAAAAACCA